UUGCAGUCGUGUCCUUUUCAGACAAGCGUCAGCUCUGUGAGAUCUCUUCUCAAGUUUUGAGCCGUUCAUACACCGACUGCUGCUGCUCAUUUAACGUGGACAUCGGCUGGGAAAGGGACUUAAGGUUUCAGUUCGCAUCUGGAAGAAUAAAGCAAAAUGCCUGGACCAGCAGCAAGUGCAACCAAUGUUGGGGCGUCUGGCCGUUCCCCCAGUAAGACAGUGGCUCCCCGUGCAGCAGGCUCCACAGUCAGACAGAGGAAAGCCACUAGCAGUGGUACACGCAGCGGUGGCAGGACCACAGGAUCAGCUGGCACUGGUGGCAUGUGGCGCUUCUACACAGAAGACUCACCAGGCCUCAAAGUUGGUCCAGUGCCAGUGCUGGUGAUGAGUCUGCUCUUCAUUGCUUCAGUCUUCAUGCUGCACAUCUGGGGGAAGUAUACCCGCUCUUAAGGCCCACCCGAUGACCCCUGACCCUGCAGAUUGGUUUCUUCUUAACAUAUUGGACUUGGACCAAACAAGAACCGAACAACAACCUUAUGUCCCUUGUUCCCUUCUCCUCUGUCAUUACAACACACAGGCACUCAAACUGGAUUUUUAUGCAACCGUGUCAGUACAUGAUCUUCAUUUGAAUCUGAUGUUGGUAACCACCUUGCUGUUUUUGUCCACCCAUAUUUGAACAUCUGAUUGGUUGAUCUGGAGGAAGCCAUGCUACCCCGACUGUGUGUGUGUGUGGCUGUACUUCCAAGCAGCAGCAGCAGCAGCAGCAGCAGGUGCUCCCUCCACUGCUGCAUGAAGGUUCAGUGCUGUGCUCAAAGACACUGUUAUUUUCAGGCCAUGAGCAAACAUUUUUCCAUCUAGCCUGAAUUGUAUUUUUUUGUUAACAGCAUUUGUACAAAAUGUAAUUGUAAUAUUGUACAAUAAAAAAGUAAAAAUCAA